AGACAUUUAGGAGAGAGAGGAAAGAGGGAUUUGGCCGACUUGUCGGACUCUUUCAUGUCACAUUUCUGCCCUGAGGACCUGACCUCUGUCUCCCUUUCUGGAAAAUAACCAGGAAAACUCAAAUGGAAUAUCAGAAAACUCAACUCUGCAAAACAGUUGGAGCAACAUCCCUCCUGCUGCCUGAGAAAGGAGAACUGAGCGAUGACGACUGACGUUUUUUAUUUGUAUCAACUAAAGAAAGUGAAUUGGAGAGGAGGGCAUGGCCUAUCUGACAACUCGAGGAGGACGCACAAGAUUUAUUCAUAUAAUUAUACUGUUAGUGUGUUUUCCUUCUUUGGGGGAAAGGCAAAGAGCAGAGAAUAGAUAAUAGGAGAGGAGAGAAAAGGGGAGGAGAGAGCAGAGAGGAGAGGAGUACAGAGCAGGGAAAGGAGAGGACCAGAGCAGAUAAGAGGGAAAAGAGGGGAAGAAGAGGAGACGAGUGGAGUGGAGGAGAGGAGAGGAGAGGAUGGACGGCAGAUGGGAUCUUAGCGUUAAUGACAUCAGAGUCUCCAAGCAUGAACUCCACUGACCUCUGCAGGAGAAUAGAAUAAGCUCAACUGGCUGUGAAAUCAUGAGCGCUCCCACGUCAGGAGCCCCAAAUAUGGAGGUGAAGGUGGUCUCCCAGGAGAUGGCAUUGCUUAGCAACAUACUGGCAGCUUACACCUUCAUUGCAGACCAACCCGAGAGGACAGCCUUGGUGUUUUUGGGCGGAGUCUGCGUUGGCCUUUUUUUCACCCUCUGCGCCAUCGUCUUCCAGAUACACUGUCGAGCAGACUGUCACUAUGGCAAUAAUAAGCACCCUAACCAUCGCCACAGGAACAAGCAUCAUCAACAUCGCCAUCCCAGCUGUCCCCUCCAUCAGCCCGUUGACAGUAAUCCAGACAACAUGGCUGUUGUUGCCACUGGAGGGACGAGGCCUGCUGGGGACAGCGAAUCAGAGGACUGGGAUGACACGUCCGACCUGUCGUCACGGAGACGCAGACGCUUUGAGAGAGCUCUGCUGCACGCCACCAUGUUCACGUCAGCUGAGGAGCUGGACCGGGCCCAGAGGCUGGAGGAGCGGGAACGGAUUCUCAGAGAGAUCUGGAUGAACGGACAACCCGACAUCAGUACAGUCACUCAAAGCCUCAACAGAUAUUACUGACGGAUAAUCAAACAGGCAGAUAGUCAGAGGGACGAGAAGAUAGACAGGUGAGCUGAUGGAUAAAAGGUGAAAAGUAAACAAAUGGAGAAAAAAAAACAAGGAUAAAAUGAACAAAUCAUCAGAUCGGGAACGCUGUCUGCACUGGACCAAAGAGACUCUUACAGAUCAAACUAUUAGUGGCAGUACUGCCAGGAGCAGUCCCUCCAUUCGGUAAACAACAAGGAAAUCAUAUGAGUUGUGAUGGCUCAGUCCUCAAAUACAGGUUGACACUGUGUUUGGAAGAAGGAAAAAACUAACAAGUAAGCCUAUAGAGACACAGCGGACCUUCAGAGCACGCACUGCAAUGUGGAACUGCUUUUGUUGGGGAUUUUAUAACUUUUCACAUUUUUAACAGGUGCUUUUGAGAAUUCUGGACAUAAAAGGAUGAGGAAUUUAAUGCUCUGAAUUUUUUAAUUGAGCACCUUUAAAGACAAUAGAAGAUACUGGAGAAUGAAAUGGUGAGAGAUGUUGCUCAUGCCAAGAUACAUUUACACAUACUGGUGCUUUUACUGCUGUAAUUCUGCAUCCCCAGAUAGAAAGAAUACUUAAAGGAAGGACACUAAAAUAUGCAAGGUAUAAUCUGAAACGUCUGUUAGUUGCAUGUCGGGUGGAGGCUUAUCAGGUAGGUGUGGUUGCACAAGGCCACAGGACAGCAGGUCAUCAUGUCGGAGUGGGUCAUACUGCCUCUUUCUUUGGCUUCUGCAGUGAGCUGAAAAUUUUUUUAAACUUUUAACUCCAGGAAUUUAAGGAAGCGGUUGCCUGUACAUAAAGUAAAGUCCUGUAUUAAAAUGAAAUAUUGUGGCUCG